UGUUGACGUAGACGUGUGGUGAGGUUAGCUUCUACAAGCUACCAAUUGCUGUUGCCCCAAAAGCGCUGCUAUUGCGUUGCCAGAUACAGUUUGGAUGUUAAAUGUUGAAAAAAAAGCAAUUUGGGACCGGCGGUCCAGGUCAAGACGCUCAGACCGUAAAAGGUACCAGAAUGGAGUCGAAGAAUUGUAGAAAAGUGUAUAUGCUCAGGUUGUCGGACACGAUGGCGGCGAUGUUUCUGCAGGAAGACGAGAAUCCGGUCAGAAACGUGUGAAAUUUGUAAAGGACGCCAACUCACCCGUCCGACGUGAAGACGUAUCCCAGGACGGACUUGGAGCUGACGAUGACGACACCCUGGAAGACGGCGAGCAAUCCUAUGGAGGGAAAGCAUGGACUUGUGUUCCUAAUGAAGUGUCCAGGAAGUGCGUGCGUCGCAGUCACACCUGUUAGCAUCAGGGCCACCUUGCAGCUAAGGACGGCGCCGGCGGUGUCUCCGGCUCCCAGAGCGUUGCCCACACGCACGCAGGCAGCCGCUUGGACGCCCAAAGGAAACUGCAAGGACCCCGCGGUUUGGUGAAUGAAUCAGACCUUGAGUCGCCGAUGGAGGACGCGUACCAUGUAGGUGAUGGCCGAUAUCUCCACCAUCACAUGCUGGGCCGCGAGGUCCACCUCUCCCAGGACGCCUGCGUGAUGCAAACGUGUUUAAAAAGGGGCCGGAGUCACCCACCCACCCACGCCCACCAUCACCCACCCGCCAGGAAGCCCCCGAUCUCCCAGAUCCACCACUCGAAGCACACCAUGAAGGUGCUGGGGACCGCCAGCUUCAUGUAGGACCCCCAGUCCUGCAGACACUCGCUGGACCAGCCUGCUGACAAACAGGCUCAGCAAAGGCCGCCAUCGCAUCGCACAAGUCAGUGAAGGCACCGCCGCGAAGGCCUCACCUCCCCAGGUGGGCCGGUGGAGGUCCUUCCAUCGGAUGUAGGCCAGGAGGAGCAGGCAGGAGGUCACGUGAGCCAGGCUGUUCGCCGCCGCCGAGCCGCUGCACACAAAGGAAGCAACACGGCCAUCUUGUAUUUGCUUCUCUUCCUGGUGGCGCUCGUUAUCAUAGCUUUUAUAUCUGACAGACACCUCACUCUGUCUCCUUGUUUGGAAAUAUGGGAAUAAGUCCUGCUCUUAGGCAGUAAUAUCCUUCUUUAAGUAAGUUGUACAACAGCUGGUCACAGGAGCUAAUAAAGCUAAUAAACACAAUUAUCAUGGGCUGGAAAAAACAAAUGAAUGACCCGUGUCUACCACUGAUAAUAUGGAAGUUGCUUCACCAUGUGGAAAACGUUUGGGCGCCCGUGGAUUAGAUGAAGAACGCAGACAUUAGAGUCCUACACAGGAGAUGGAAACCCGAUAAACACCAGAUAAUUGUUCAUAAUGAAUGGGACUGCUUAUUGGAUGAAAGCUCUAGCAAGAACACACACACUCACACACACUCACACACACACACACACACACACACUCACAUGACGCCCAGUUCCAGGCUGACGAUGAGGACGUAGUUGAGCCCCAGAUUGAAGACGUUGGCCACUGCCGCCGUGUACAUCUGAGGAAGGAUGAUACCCUGGAGGACAAAAGGCAACGAGACGUGGACCAAGAUGUCCGUGGAAAGGUUCAAUCAAACCACAAACGGGCCGUGAUGUGGCGUUCAAUGACCUGGUUCUGCAGGUUGAGAUAGAAAGAAGUACCGCUGAUGCCAGAGCGUAUCCGGCCAGUUCCGCGUUGCCGAUGUGUCCACAGAAGAUGGUGAUCACAAGAGGCAGCAGGAAGUUCAGAAUCCGAAACAGCAGCUGAAGAAACAACAAAAACACCCAAAGCCUCUCAUGUACACGAUGCUGUGCAAGGUCAAAGUUCUCCUCAACCACAAGGUCAGUCCAAGGUCUCUCACCCUUCAUCAUUGUUCUACUCACCAGCGGACCCGUGAGAUGUAACACGUGGGAGAGUUCCUCCCUGUAGGCCGGCGGCAAGCACCCAAAAAGUUUGGAGCAGGUCCCCUCCUGGAGGCUCCUCGUCGGGAUCUGCACGGAGGAGUCCGGCCUGGAAGGCAUCUUCUCCACGGGAGAGGCGAGUAGGAUCAGUGACGCGAUGUGUCCAUCUUGGUCUUUUAACAUACCACGUAAUUGGCGUCCAUUGAUUGGAUAACCGAGUUAAGCAGAAGAGGAGGUGCUGCGUGAACGUCAAAGCUGGGCUCCACGCAUGCAUCAGAAGGUUGUUGUUCAGGUCUUAAUGAUGUGUGCAUGCUCUUAAAAGGCUCAGCGGUAAUCUGAUGAGGAAUUCCGGUGAAAGUCCUACAAACUUUGAUUGGAUUUAACUCGUUGAGAUCAGGAGUUUGUUCUUGGAAGCAGCUUCUCAGGAGGACACAGAGGAACAUGAGCUGGAUCCAGACUGAUGGUCUGGAUGAGAUUGUCAUCGACCAGCUCAUCAGGUGACCAGACUAAAUGAGUAGAUGUCCCCGAUGACGCCGGAGAAGCCCACAGUCCAAAAUCAGGUCUGGACUGUCACAGCGGAGCGAUGGUCCCACGCCGGGGCUCCAACUCCCCCGACUGUUAAGUCCAGCAGCCUGAAGCUCCAAGGAGAAGAUCCAACUCUGCCACUUUGAUGUUUUACAAAGCAACACAUGCAGAUGUUAUGCAGUAUUCCGUAUUUCAAGAUAAACUACAUCUCAGGUUUUCUUCAUCCUGAUUAGCUGUAGACCAUUGUCAAUCAAUCUCCUUCGUGCGGCCCUGCUGUGUCUCCUGCACGUGUCAUCGCUAGCUAUUGUUUGCUAGCUUGUAAAUGAAUCUUCCGUUCAAAGGAGGACGACGGCAGCAGGAUUACUAUAGAAAUAAGUUUUAACAAGGAUACAAAAACGCUACAGCACAGCAACUUUUUUAUUGUUUCAUCUUACUUCAUUUUCUUCUCGUAAUAUUCUGACUUUAUUCCCAUAAUAUUUUGGCUUUUUUUUCAAUUAUAUUAAAGCUUUUUUCAAACACUAGUCACUUUAAAGACCAUUCCAAAAAUAUAAAAAAAAUGGAAAAUAUCCAUAAAUAAAAUAGCAUGCACUGUAAAAAAAAUUAUUAUUUAAUUAAUUAAUUUACACCGAAAUAUAAACAAAUAAAAACAUUAUAAAUAUGUAAGAAACUUUUAAAAAUAAUAACAAUAAAUAUCUCCAAAAACUGAAAUAAUGAAAUACAAAAAAAUGCAAACAAAGGUGCAGAUUCCUGCUAACAGCAAGAAGACUAUCUGUUCUAGAUCUUAUUCUGCUUGAACUAGUUCUAGUUCUAGUUCUAGUACCGCUUGCCAUCGAGCGUGACGACUCGUUGCUGAAUGUCUACUGCGGUCCUUUUUUAUGUCCACUAUUUGACUUACCAUAAAAACCAUAAAAGCACACAACAAUAAAAGCACACAUACACGAACCCGUGGCCGGGAGGACGUUACACCCCCCCCCUCAUCCUCGGGUGUGAUCAGUCUCUACCUUCUACCUUCCACAUCCUCACGUCUCCGAUCCUCAGGUGAGUCGGCUCAGACGCUUUUUGAAUGAUUGACUUGAAGUGGUGAGUGAAAUCAUAUUAUAAUCAUAUCCAAUCAUCCAACUAUGGUCUCUCCGUCCUCAGGGAGUCAAAUGGAGUCCUGGUAUUUGCUGGUGCUGCUCGUCAGCGGAGCGCAGACAAUGAGCGUCACCAUCGAGUCGGUGCCAGACGUAGGCCCACACGGAACCAUCCAGACCGAGCUGGAGAGGACGGUGUCUCUGGUGUGUCGCCCCAGCGCCGCCCCCCACCUUCCGCCCAGUGAGGGCGGGGAGGAGGAGGAGCUGGUGUGGCUGAGGAACGGCGCCGCGGUCAGCCUGGCGGCGGGGAACCAGAAAGGCAGCAGCAGCGUGUGCGUCACGCCCGUCAUCCACCAGGACAACGGCGCCACCUUCACCUGCCACCUGAGGAGGAACGCCUCCAUUCAGGCCUCCGUCACCUUGAACGUCACAUAUCCUCCCACGGCGUCGGGGUCCGAGGAGGUGUCGGUGGAGGUGGCGUCGUCGCUCGUCCUACGCUGUGACGUCUUCGCCAACCCGCCCAUCACGUCGCCGCUGUGGACCCUCAACGGAAGCACGGUGGACCUCUCGGCAGGCGGCUUCACGUUGACCAACGACGGCUUCGUCAGCCAGCUGAGCGUCGCCAGCGUGGAGAGACGCCUGCACCAAGGCCGGUACCGGUGCACGGCGGACUCUCCCGUCUACGGAACCAGGACCAGGGUCUUCCAGGUCACGGUCACAGAUAAGACCACCAAGUUCCCGCUGAUGCCCAUCAUUGCCGGAACCGUGGUGGUGGUCCUCACGGGGAUUUUCGCCAUCAUCUCACGCUGGAGCACCAUCACCAAGGUAACACGGCACACAUCUCCUCGCUUCCCCUGAAUCUUAAUGCUCAUCUUCACAUGGGGGGGUCCAGAUUUCAAGGGCCACGGCACCUUGACUUCCUUAUAUGGGCGUACCCGGAUACCAGCUGGGCAAGCUGAGUGGGUGUGCCGUGGGUGUAAAGUAAAACAGACCAUCUUUGGAAAUCCAAGGAAAUCCAGCUGGAAUAGGUGCAGAUUCUGGAAGAUCUAGAAAGCCUUCUGUGGUGGUAAUUGUGUGAAGCUGCUCUAUCGGAGUCCACAACUCA